AUGAUUCGUUUAACUGUCUGCUGGCGCGCUGGAGUGAGAGCUCCAUGCUGCAGACAGAGAUGUUUACUCCAUGGCAACCAUAAUGAAAAUGACCCCCGUAAUCCUUUCAGGGUGGAGCCUGCUGGAGCCCAGUGGUUGACACCAGGUCUGAGGAAAUAUUCCUGUCAGCUCACAAUCGACACAAACACAGUAAAUAAACAUCUCAGACUGUUUGAUGACAACAGGAGGGUGGCUCGUGUGUGGGAGGUUGAGUCCUAUCCUGAUCAUCCGGACAGGUUUGAUGUUGAUCCUCAGCUGCUGUGUAGCACUUGGCUGACUGGUCGCUAUUACUGGGAAGUCAAGUGGACAGGAGAAGUUAAUUUGUCAGUGAGUUACAAAGGAAUGAGGAGGAAAGGAAACAGUAAAGACUGUGUGUUUGGAAGGAACGAUCAGUCCUGGUGUCUGGAGUGCUCUGACGGCGGCUACUUUGUCUGGCACAAUAAUGUGAAAACAUCUAUCUUCUGCACCUCUGUCUCUAAUAGAGUAGCAGUGUAUGUGGACAGUCCUGCUGGCAUUCUGUCCUUCUACAGAAUCUCCUCUGACACUCGGAUCCACCUCCACACCUUCAACACCACACUCACUGAACCUCUUUAUCCUGGAUUUGGGUUCUGGUCUCCUGGUUCCUCAGUGUCUCUGUGCUGAGUUUGAUAAGAGUCUCUUGUCAGAGAGAUACCCACUGUUGAACAGAGCAGUCUGUCUGUGCAUAUCUGUCUCUUUCACUGAAAAACAUGUUUACAGAGUCACAGAUCAUAUUUGUUUCCUGUUGAAGCUCUUCUAAAUGAUUCCUUGUAAAUUUCUUCCUCUUCCAUGUAUUUAAAGGUUGGAGUUGAGAUUGUUUCAGGAUUCAGAUGUUAUUUUUCUGUCUAUUUCCAGUCGAAGCUUCACAAUAAAUAUUAAUAUCA